AUGGAGUCGGAGAUUUCUGACCCAGUUGACUGGUCUGUCGAUGAGGUAGUAAACUUCCUCUGUAGCCCUGGGCCUGCGCCAUGGGCGCAAUCAUCAAAAGCCCCACGGCCUGACCCGGUUGUACUUGGAACAGCUCUUCGUGACAAUGACAUCUGUGGAGAAGUGCUAAUGCAUGUCGACAACGAUGGCUUGAAGGAUAUGGGCGUAAAAGCCUACGGCCAUCGCAUCAUGUUGAUGAAAGCAAUUCAAUGGCUACAGCAAAAGUCUCUCAAGUACAACUUAUCACGGAAGGACGUUCCCAUUGAGGUAGCUCUUUCUAGAACGUCUUCUCCAUACCCACAUGAGGGUACCCCCAUAUCUGCUGUUUUGAAUCCCAAUUCUGCAGACCUUAUCUCCUCCCCAAUUGGCAAUUUUGCUGUUCAAACAACCCUCAAGCUCAAACGCAGGAUUGCCCCGACGUUGCUACAGGGGGAAGCUUCUCCAAUGUUGGCACCGCGGACGCUGCUAGAUGGCUUCUUGUCUCCAUCACAUGCAAACUCUCUACCUCAGGAGGUUUGCUUAACCAUUGCAAAUACACCGUCUGACCAGACUGCCUUGUACGGCAACAAAAACGACUCAUCAGAGAACAAUGUCAAGAUUCCGCCGCGGACUGAAAAUGAAGAGAAGUUUCUAUCCUACUUGUUGGUGAAAUACGGGCCACAGGAUGACGAUGCCGGUCUUCCUAAAUAUGGAGAAUCAGGAUCAGAAGGGGAGUAUGACAGGGAAACUUGGCAAGAAAUAGUGGAUGAUAAUCCAGAUCUCGAAGAUGAGCAUCCGGACCUCGAAGAAUCCCGGCUUUCCGGCCUUUCCCAAGAAGAGUGCGACAAGAUUUUGGCUGAAUACAUUACGGAGCAAGAAGAAUCGUGGCGUCAAAAAGCCCUUCCAAGGAAUUUGCCAAGAGCAGAAGGGCUGUGGCUUUCUUUUCGAGAAAAUUCUACGCUCCAAGAGGAGAAACUCCGCCGCUCAAACCGCAUUGAGCACCUUCAGGACCGCCUGAGAAAGUUCCAACAGGCGAUUAUGAAUGUUGCCUACAAAUCGGCCUCGGCUUUUCGAAGGGCAUGUGGCGCUAUGGAUAUGACAAUCUUUGAUCGGUGUACUGAGAAAUGGACACUGGGUAUUCUCGAACUAGAUACUUGCCCGGAACCAGCUCUACGUCCAGCAAAGGUCCCCCGACCUUGCAAGAAGCGGGACAUAGAGUCGGUAUCCGCAGAAGAAGAAGAAGAUGACACACUGACAUCUGAUGCGGAAUCCUUCUACGAAGGUCUCGUCGAAGAAGACGAAGGAGAUAUUGAGCCAUCUGCCAAUGAAAAUCAACCGGAACUCGGUAGCCCAAUGUCUGUCUCAUUGGGAGACGAAGACACUGAGGUCCCGUCAAGAACACAUCGUUCGGAAGUAGCUCACCGGAUGCCUUUCACUUUGGAAUCUUCUCCCACUUCUAGCUUCAGUCUGUCGCCCGAACCUCCCACUAAGCGACGACGUGUUAGCGAUCCAGGCCGAAGGGGGCAUGUCAAUGCUAAGCUGAAUUUUCGAGGUCCUUUCCUUCAAGAUGACGACGGAGACAUGGAGUUGACUGAUAUCACCAAUGUGGCCGACGAAUCCAGGACAGCUCCGUUACAGCAGGAUAAUGCUGCGGAAGACAUAAUCAAAACUCCUCCUCUCAACCCAACUGUAUUACCCGUUGACAUUGAUGGCACGAACUCUUCUCUCAAACUGACUCCAUUGCGAAAAGAGCAUGCUACUAAAGACAUGAUAAAAACUCUCCCCAGCCCCACGCAGCCCAUCAAGCUCAAAAUUUCGCAGCCCCGAGAUCGCACUAUCGAAAUUGAACAGCCCUUACCAAGUUCCAAUGAUGGCACCGCCCCGGUUCUUCUCGACAGGGCACGCGAACCUACCCAGCCACAACCCAUCUUGACUGCGUUGCAAGAGGACAUGGCAGUUGAUACAGACGAGGCCGAUGUUCUCCGGAUGGUUGAGGGGAUGACCAUGGCAUCCAUUGAGGCCAAAAAGGAUCGUAUUCAGUUAUUGGCAAAGAUUGUCAUGCAAUUGCCCUCAAGCGAAUAUAGAGGCUUUCCGGAUUACCUAGACAGGUGGUUUCCUCCAAUUUACCGGGAGAAAAUCCAGGAAGUGAUCAGAGCCAUGAUGAACAACCAGCGAAAGCUCGAUGGAGUUGAUCCCGCUGAGAGCAAGCUUUCGAUGCGCCUGGGCGCUUUGUUUGUGUCCUGGUAUCACUGUGCCAGCGUGAGUUCAGCUGGGCUUCAGCCGAAGCGACUCCAAGAGGCGCUCGAUGCGAUCGAGGACGAUUAUGAUGAGGAAGCCUCGUUGACAACAGUCUUUAUCAACAAACUUCAAUCGCUCAUCAACACUUACAAUGCUUUGCAUCCCGAGUCUUCACGACGACGGUCAUUAGAUGAGGGCUCAAGAAAGGAAGAUGUUUUGAGCCCACCUUCGCAGCUUUCGAAACCGAACCUGAAAAGAAAAAAGCAGUAUGUCCCGAAAGUACCCAAUGCCGUGCAGAAAAAUGCUCAGGAACGAAAAGCAGUGCAGGAUCGAGCCAGAGAGGAAUUCAGGAAAGAGAGAGAACACAAGGGCCUGAGUAACAGUGACCGAGCAGGACAAGCGGUCACCUUCAAAGACCCUAUCAUUUACCUGAAUCCGGCCCUAGGCGAAUUCGUCAAACCACAUCAACUGAUAGGAAUUCAGUUCAUGUGGCGAGAACUGUGUGACUCUGAGAAUUCGCAAGGAUGCUUGCUUGCCCAUGUUAUGGGGCUAGGCAAGACCUUUCAGGUGAUAUCCCUUUUAGUUACGAUUGCCGAGGCCGCUGCAUCAAAAAACCCGAAGAUCAAAGCGCAAGUCCCUGAGAGAUUUCACCAAUCCCGAACUCUCGUUAUUUGUCCAUCAUUCCUGGUUCCCAACUGGAUAAAGGAGUUCCAUUGCUGGGUUCCAUCCAGCCACUACCUUGGAAAUAUUUUCCAAAUUAUGGCCACUCCCAACAUAGACCCUGCGGAAAGAACGGCCACCAUUCAAACCUGGGGUGAAGAAGGAGGCGUUAUUAUUAUGAGCUACGAGAUGUUUCGCAAGUUCAUCAACAACGAUGGAAACCGCUUCAAUGGUCAGGAGCAUAAAAUGAUUCUAGAUGCUCUCUUAAACAAACCCAAUAUCGUGAUUGCUGAUGAAGCACACAAACUCAAGGGAGAAAAAACGUCCAUCAGCCAAGUGACUUCUCGUUUCCGAACCAAGAGUCGAAUCGCUAUGACAGGAUCGCCUCUUGCAAACAAUCUGUUCGAAUAUUACCAAAUGAUUGAAUGGGUUGCCCCGGGUUAUUUGGAGACAGUGCAGUCUUUCAAGGAAAAGUUCAUGGAACCUAUUCAGGAGGGUCUGUACAUUGACAGCAAUCGGCAUCAGCGGAGGGCAAGCCUUGUUGCAUUGAAGGUUCUCAAUGGGAUUUUAGAACCCAAAAUCCAGCGCGCAGGCCAUUCAGUAAUUGCAUUCGAUUUACCGCCCAAAACAGAACUUGUCGUUCGAAUCACCCUAUCGGAGAUCCAGCGGAUGGCAUACAAUAUCUUCGUUGAGGAAUUACAAGCCUCACACAAUCAUUCUAGGCUCUGGCAGUGGCUGGCGAUCGGACAACUCUGUUGCAACCAUCCGAAACCGUUUUUAGAGAAACUUGAAAACCGAACGGCAACAUCAGGUCAAGGAGUCGAAGCGUCUGUCUUGGAUGGGGAUGCGGAUCUCCCUCCCAACUUGCUCCCAAGAAUCAAGGCACUUUUGGCUCCGGUCCCUGACAUAUUGGACUCCAAUUUGUCCCACCGAUCUUUGCUGCUCGACAGGAUUCUGGACGAGUCAAAGAGAAUUGGCGAUAAAGUCUUGGUUUUUUCCCAGAGUAUUCCAACAUUGAAUUAUCUGGACCGAUUAUUCAGCCAAGGGAAUCGAAAUUACAGCCGCAUUGAUGGAAGUACUGAUGCCGGAAAACGUCAAGGUAUUGUGAACCAGUUCAAUGAGGACCCAACAUUGGAGAUCUUGCUCAUCUCAACUCGGGCUGGUGGACUUGGCUUGAACAUCCAUGGAGCGAACCGUGUUGUCAUCUUCGACUUUUUGUUCAAUCCUUCUUGGGAAGACCAAGCUAUCGGGCGAGCGUACCGUCUCGGUCAGACAAAACCCGUCUUUGUCUAUCGAUUUGUUGCGGCAGGAACUUUCGAAGAAAUCAUCUUCAAUCUGACUCUCUUCAAGUCUCAACUCACAGUCCGCGUAGUGGAUCAGAAAAACGUCCUCCGCGAGGGCCACAAGAAUUCCACGAAAUACUUGUUUCCUGUCAAGGCGGGAAAGAAGAAGUCAAUUGAUCACAUUCGAGGAAAAGAUCCUGAAGUCCUAGACAAGAUUAUCGCCAACGGCGAUCUCGCUGAUAGUAUUCUCGAAAUCACUCUUUCCAAAGCCCAAGACGAUGAGAAUGAUCAAUUGUCGACCGAAGAAAAUCUCCGCGUCAAAGAUGAGUUGGGCUUAGAGCAGCUCAAGCGCAGUGACCCAGUGGCAUUUAGGGCGGAAAUGAAGAAGCGUCAGCUGGCUGAGCAUGCCAAGGCUGAAGCAGCUCGUCUUGAGCAGGCUAAGGCUGAAGCAGCUCGUCUUGAGCAGGCUAAGGCUGAAGCAGCUCGGGCUGAGAUGCAAGCCCAUUUCAAAGAGCAACAGAGGGAGCAGCAGCAGCAGCAGAAAGAGCAGCAAGAGAACAAGCAACAGCAUUCCUCGCCGCAAAACCCUCAGCAGCAAUCACGUCAGCAGCCAAUUCCCCAGCAGCAACCGGCAAAUCCCUCGCUAUUUCGACAAGUAGGCACACCGCAAGCCGCUGCACCAUCUGCGUUUGGCCAACCACCAGGCACAAAGAGUUUUGGUCAACCCACCCUAAACCAAUCAUCCGGCCAAACUCAGCAGGCCAAUCCAAAUCCUUCUUGCCAGCCGUUGACACCUUCUGAAAUGCAGCGGCGACUCCAUCAACAUAGAUCGGGACCUAUGCCCCAUCAAGGAUUUGCGCAGCUACCCCCAAGACCCCCAGCGCCGAAUCCUGGUCCGCCGAAUCCUUGGGUGCCUCCGAAUAAUUGGCUUCCUUCGCUGAUGGCACAGGGGCCUGGACAAGGGGCGAAUUUGCCACCAACCCUUCAUGCUCCGACACGCCCAUCUUCAACUCCAGCCAUGGAAAACGUGCCAGUAAACCCGUGGCGGGCGUCCCCGCAGGAACGAAUUUCUAGAAACCAAUCUCAACCUGCCACUUCAACUUUCGCCCCAAAGCAUCUGCAGAGCGGUGUGAUGAACGCUCGUAACUCUGCCAUGAAACAUGCUUUCUCUUGUGAUAAAGAUAGGAACUGGGUUUCAACUCGACAAUUCCCUAUUCCCCCGGCUUCCACACAGCCACAGACUACAUCGGCUCAGGGGAACUCGGGACCUUCGGCCUCCCCGUCAUUUGAUCUCUCUGUACCAGAAGGUGAUCACCGGCCUCCCACCCAGACCGGGCCCAGACAGUAA